UGCUUACCUAUGGUAUACAUAUAUACACCAGAUUUCAUUCAUUUUAAAGAAAUUUGAAAAAAUGAAUUGCCUGAUAAUUUUAUUCUUAAGUAUAUCCCUCUUCGGUGUAUUAUCAGGAAAACAGACUACUGAAAAGGUUCUAUACAGAUACCCAACACCUGUUCCUCGUCCAUCUGUGUAUUUUGAUAAUCCUGAAGUGAAAUUAGAAGGUCUUACAUUUUCAAAAUUUAUACAAUAUGUCGUUAAGAAAUUGCUAUGGGCAUUUGAUAAUUUAAUGUUGAAAGAUUAUGAAACGGAAAUCAAACAACAUAACACCUCUGAAAUGUACAAGUUUAGAUUACCUCAAGAAACAACUACUGAAGAGAAAUAACAUUCCAAUGGAUUAGAAUUACUGCAAGCAUGUGUAACACUUGAACGGUUUACUUAAUUAUUAUUAGAAAAUCUAACCAAAAGAUCAGAUAAAUCCUGUUCUUUGAAAUUAAUUUCAUCUUUGAUUGAUAUGAAUUCAAGUACUAUUGAAGUGAACAAGAAAAUGAGCGGGGAAAAUCGAAUGUAUUUGACACGAAAUUAUAGAGCAUCUCACUAAAAUCUGAGAACAAUAUAGUAAAUAAUUAAUUUGCACAAUAUCAGUCCAUUGUCUCAAACGCAACUGUUCCUUUUGCAAAUAUCAGUCGAU